UAAGGGUUGAGUACCUAUUGUACUUUUUAUAAUUCAUUUUUUGCUUAUAAAAAAAAAAACUAAAUCAACUCUCAACAAAAUCUCUAUAUACUUCCCAUUAACAAAUCCUUGUGGGGUCAUAUCUUUUUAUUACAAGAAUCAACAGUACAGUAAAGGACCAACCCACGUUUUUGGCAAGCCAUCAGCUCAGUGGUAAAGUAUAAAUGCCAAUUGACCUUAAUAUAUAUGAUCAAACGUACAUGUGCAUAGGAGGAAAUUGAAGUGUAAUUUUUGAAUAAUGUUAUAUCGUUUAAUAACGUUUUAAUGAAUAUAAAUUUUACAAAUUUUACUAUUUCAUUAAAAGUUUAUAUCAUAUAAAUGAAGUUUAUUAAUCACACUAGGUAUGUGAUUUUUUGUCUCAAAAUUUUAUACUUUUUGUUUGUAAACAAAGUGGUAGUAACUAGCUAGUAAAUAUAACUAAAAUUCACACACAACUGUGUAGUGUUAGAAAUUAGGUCGAAAACAUUCAAUCUAACAAUAUUAAUAUUAACUGUUUAUUUAAACUUGUUUCUUUUAUCUCAAUGCAUGGAAAAGGUUUGUUCCUGGAACUUUGCCAUUUAUGUAAUUAUUCAACGUUUAUUUCACAUGUUAACAUGGAUUAUUGUCACUUUCAGUCACAAGAAGAAAACUAUAUCAUAGUGUUUAAUUUUCUGCAAAAAACCAAAGAUAAGACAAUAUUUAAUUUGUUUUAGUUUUAAAAUAACAUAAGCAUUUGACAAAAUGUUAGCCAAAAGAAAUUACAAAACAUUGAACUUUGUCGUUAAGAAAGAGAAUAAAUAAAUGAUCCAUUGAAAAUCAAGUGUAAAUUCAUGUUGUAUUGGAUAAAAAUAAGCUAAGAAGUAGUAUAUAGAUAAUAUUUUGGCCGGCUAACAUUCAUAUAUAGGUGAGUACUGCCAAACAAUAUAGUUUUAAACUCCACAUAAAUGAAUAAUAUCUGCUCGUAGAAUCCAAGUAUCCAAAAUUAAAUAUCUCAUUAUAGAUGCUCUAGAAAAAUUCUUAUAUAUAUGGUCUAUUAUACCACACUAUAGUAGAAGCAUCACACCAAGGUUUUAAAUUGCGGUCCGCAUCCGCAAUUGCGGCCGCAGUAUUGCUGAUGCGGUAGCCACCGCAACCGCAUCACACCGCAAUUGCACGUGUACGGCCGCAUCGUAACUGCAUCACAACCGCAUCGGAAGCCGCAUAAGAUGUUUUCGGCGAUGUUCAUUCAAAUUUUCUCACCAAAAAAUAAAAUUUAUGAACUUCAAAUCCUAAUUUGUGUCAAAUUAAUGAAAAAUCUUACUUUUAACAAUCUAUCAACCGUGUAUUUUCAAUACAUUCAAAUUAUUGUUUAUGGAAUAAACCAAGACUAUAUAAUGGUGGAUAAAUAGUGUAGUUACAUACUAGUUUAAUUUUAUAUAGCUUGUGAAAUUUCAAAAUGAUUUCACGCCGCAACAACCGCAUUGCCGUUGCAGCAACCACAAUGACCGCAUUCGCAACAACUACAACCGCAUCCACGACCGCAACCGCAAUUUAAAACCUUGCAUCACACACAAGUAACAAAAUCAUCCAAGUGGAAGGUUUUUUUAUCUUUCCUUUAUUACUCCGAAGCGCGUAAGAAAUUUCCAAGUAAUAGAGGAUGAUUAAAAUACAUAGAAUUCAAAAAUUCUAAACAAGUAUAUAAAUCAUUUCAUCUCUACUCUACUACACACACACACACUAUACAAAUAUGAGCUUCAUGUCUUUGCUAUACAAAUAUCUAUUAUUAUUCACUAUCAUAGCCUUUACCAAAGUUAGUUGCUUGUAUUUCAAUUUUUCAACUUUUGAACCAAACGAUGCAAGCAAAUUGUUACUCAAUAACUCAUAUAUACAACGAGAAGCUAUACAAGUAACCCCAGAUAAUAUUAAAGAUUCAAUAUCCAAUUUAUCAGGACGCGCUUUAUACAAAGAUCCAUUCAAAAUUGCUUCCUUCAACACCACUUUUGUUAUCAAUAUAACUCCUGAAACUUCCCCUGGUGGAGAAGGAAUAGCUUUUAUCUUAGCUUCUGAUCCAACUCUCCCUGAAAAUAGUUCAGGACAAUGGCUUGGUAUUGUAAAUGCUGACACUGAAGGAACUUCUCGAGCCGCAAUUCUUGCAGUUGAGUUUGAUACACGACAGAGUUCAACCAGAGACGGUCCUGAUGGCCAUGUUGGAAUCAACAUAAAUAGCAUCUCCUCUUUGAUACAAGUACCAUUGAUAAACACUAAGGUGAAUCUUUCAUCUGGUAAAGAUGUAACUAUAAGAAUUGAAUAUUCUAAUGAUGUGAUAUUUGUUUUUGGUUCAAUGAGUGGAAAUUCACAAGAUUCUAUGGAGACCCUUUUGGUAUCUCCACCUCUUAAUCUCUCUUACUAUUUUAAACAAGUGGUUUAUGUUGGUUUCUCUGCUUCAACAAGUACUUAUACAGAGCUAAACUGUGUAAAAGCAUGGGAAUUCAGCGGUGUAGAAGAUAGUAAGAAAAACAAACACUUGCUGGUUUGGAUUAUACUUCCAAUGGUGAUAAUCCUUGGUGUAUUGGUCUUUCUCUUGGCUUAUUUUCUAACGAAAAAAAACACGGAGAUUCAAGAAGAUACAUAUCCAAGGAUAGAGGAUCAAAUUCAACACUCAUCUAUGGCUCCAAAGAAAUAUACACUACAGGAAUUGAUGAAAGCAACCGGUGGAUUCAGCCAUCAGAACAAACUUGGCGAAGGUGGAUUUGGAACGGUUUACAAGGGUACUCUUGGAAACAAGAAAGAGAUAGCUGUGAAGAGAGUCUCGAAGAACUCGCGUCAAGGAAAGCAAGAAUUUAUGGCAGAAGUUACAACAAUUGGAAGCCUACACCACAAAAACUUGGUGAAACUUAUUGGUUGGUGCUACGAAAGCAAAGAGCUUCUCCUCGUUUAUGAGUUCAUGCCUAAAGGAAGCUUAGACAAAUACCUAUUUAACCAAUCAAGUGAAUUAGAAUCACAAUAUUCUAAAGUACUUGAUUGGAAAACUAGGAAUAGCGUGAUUCGUGAUGUAGCACAAGCAUUGGAUUAUCUUCACAAUGGUUGUGAAAGAAGGGUACUUCAUAGAGAUAUUAAAGCAAGCAAUAUAAUGUUGGACUUAGAUUACGUCGCUAAAUUAGGUGAUUUUGGAUUAGCGCGUACAGUUCAAAAGAGAAAUGAAACUCAUCACUCGACAAAGGAAAUUGCGGGGACUCCAGGUUAUAUGGCACCGGAAACUUUUCUAAUAGGAAGAGCAACGGUCGAAACAGAUGUGUAUGCAUUUGGUGUACUUGUUUUAGAAGUUGUGUGUGGGAGAAGACCGGGAAAUGUGUUUGCACAAGACGAUUAUAAAAAUAGUAUAGUGUAUCAAGUUUGGGAGCUUUAUGGAAAAGGUGAAAUUGUUAGUGUUGUGGAUAAAAGGAUAAGUUGUGAAGAGAAAGAGGUUGAGAGGGUAAAAUGGGAAGAAGAAAUUGAAAUUGUGCUUGUUCUUGGUUUGGCAUGUUGUCAUCCAAAUCCUAAUGAAAGACCAUCAAUGAAAAGUGUUUUAAUGGUUUUAAAUGGAGAAGCAUCUCCUCCAAUUAUUCCAAUGGAAAGACCUUCUUUUGUUUGGCCAGCUAUGCCUUCAUCUUUCAAAGAAGGUGAAGAUAAUUCUCUUAUCAAUGGUCCAUUCACUCAACUUAGUGGAAGAUAGAAAAUACAAGUUAUUAAGUUUAAUUAUAUGUGUCAAUGUUGUGUCAGUUUUCGACAAUGAUGUAUAUAUAUAAUUUGAAUUGUCGGUGUCACAUAGUUUAUUAUAUUAUUUAGCCCUUUUUUAAAAAGUUUAUGUAUUUUCGAUUUAUGACAUUAAUUUUCUCUUUCGAUGUGUACAUUAUGUACUAUAGUUUGAUGAAUAUUUGCAUACCACUUUUUUUGUUGUGUAAAUUUUUCAACAAUCUCUCUCUGAUGUAUUAUUUUUUUAGGGAGCUAGCAUAGUGUGUUUCGGUUGUAGGUUCCGUUGGUGUAUGAGAGGUUUUUUGUUAUUAGCUCCUUGUCCUCUAGCGUAGUUUUGAUUUAGAUUGGUGCUUGAUAAUCACUAAAAUGUGCAUAGUUUUUACGUAGUAAUUUUAUUAAAUAAAUUAAACUUUUAUUUAAGUUUUAUGAGAACUAUUUACUUGUUUUGUCUUAUUUUGUAUAUUUAGAGUAAAAGUUUGGAAUAUGAAAAAAUGAGGUUUUCUGUCAAAAAAAAAAAAGAGGUAUUUGAUGCAUAUGAUGUCUUAUUGAUCAAGAUUUUAUUUAUGAUAAGUGGAAGGUAUUUCUUAAAGAAGAGAAGGUGAGUCAUAAGGUUGAGAAUAUAUAAAAACCCAAAGAUCCUUAUUAUGACCAUACAUGUUAUAGGGUACCUUACACAACAACGGCGGCAAAAUCUGCCGGAAAAGCAACCAGAAUUUUUAAAAUAAAAAAUA